AACGGCAUCUCCUGUAGAAACCCCUAAACAAGAUCCUACAACUUUAGCAAAAACAGAGGACAGUAUCACGGUUGAAAUUCAGCUUCCUUCUAAAAGCUCCAUGGAAGAACAGCAAGAACAGCAGCCGGUCUCUUUGUCUUCUCAGCAGCCCGUCUCUUUGUCUUCUCAAUACUCCUUGAGCACACAAAUGGAGUCGACUCAAGUUUCAGCUUCUUUCCCCAGAAGUUACCAGAAAACUGAUACCACCAGGUUAACAUCUGUGGUCACAGCGAGACCUUUUGGCUCACAUUCAAGAGGAAUCACAUCACUCCCAAGAUUCUACACACUGGAUGAUUCCUGGAAGUAUAAUGGAGAUAUAGACAGCAGUAAGAGGAUGCAGAUCAGUUCCGGCACCAUGACGCGGACCCUGGACCCAGUCCCGCUUGCAACCAGCUUGUCCAGUGUGCAGGAGACCACUGUAGAGAGUGUCACACAAGGCCCCUCUCCUACCUCUUCCUUGGCUUCUCUUUCCCAGGACCAGCCUGCCACUUCAAAAGCCACAUUGUCUUCCAUGUCUGGUCUCGAUUCCAUGUCCGAGUCUGGGGAAGGGCCAGGCUCCCCCCAGAGGGAGGUUUCAAAGUCACAGGAUCAGUUCAGUGAUAUGAGAAUCAGCAUAAACCAGACGCCUGGGAACGCUUUUGACUUUGGCUUUACAGUAAGAUGGGAUUUUUCCAGCAUCUUCGUAGCAUCAGUCGAACCAGAUAGUGCAGCAGAAUUUUCUCAGCUACAGGUAGAUGAUGAGAUUAUUGCUGUUAACAACACCAAGUUUUCAUAUAAGGACAAAAAAGAGUGGGAGGAAACCAUGGCUAAUGCUCAAGAAACUGGAAACCUAGUGAUGGAUAUCAGGCGCUAUGGAAAGUCUGGUUCACCUGAAACAAAGUGGAUUGAUGCAACUUCUGGAGUCUACAGCUCAGACAAAUCUUCAAGUCUAUCAAUAACGACUGAAUUCUCAGAAAGCCUGCGGGGCUCUAAUAUUCAGUCUAAAGAAGUCAAUGGAAUUUGUGAUGAAAGCAAUAGUUUUGAAACAAAAGCAUCUGAACCUAUUUCUUUGAAAAACUUAAAAAGACGAUCACAAUUUUUUGAACAAGGAAGUACUGAUUCUGUGGUUCCGGAUCUCCCUAUUCCAACCAUCAGUGCCCCGAGUCGCUGGGCCUGGGAUCAAGAUGGUGAUGCAUUUAUCUACCGAGUUUACCGCUUUUCCUGGAACAGAUCAAUGUUCACCCAGACCUCAAACUCAGCAUCCUUCUGUAGACUCCUCUGUUCAGACUUUGCAAUGGAAGCUUCAGUACCUGAAAAUGUCUAUUCAGAAAAUUCAAAACCAUGGGCAGAUGCAAAGAAGUGUGAAAGUUCCUUUAAGGAAAUUGUCAGAGGAAGAAGUGGCAUAAGAUAUAACAGUCAAGUCAUCGAGGAGAAGAAACAGGUCAAUCAGGUGGACAAAGUAAUGAAGGCCAGACAAAUUCCAGCUGCAACCCCCCAUGGAGUAACAGUCAGCCUCAUCCUCAGCCUGCAGCCCAGAGAUGAGCAGAAUCCCUGCAUUGAAGAAGACAUCUUUGGAUCCAGGAAAACGAGUAGGACCUCAGGGUCCAGCCAUUGUGUGAAUCACUGUGGUAGUUCAGGAGAUACCAUGGAGGACUUCCAGGCUUCUGCUGCUGCCAGAUAA